UUACAAAGGUGAAGUAUGUCCCUUCACGGCUGCCCUAGUUGAGAAGGCUAAGCCAGUAGCCAUAGCUUUACUUUCAGCUACCUACUAUGUUAGUCACUGGAGCCAAUUAUAGACAAAACAGCGAAAUUUGUCAACGAACACAUAAAGUUGGAGAAUGGUUGUGAAUCUCUGUCUUCCACAUUUCUAUACAACAGCUCAUUGUAACAAGCUGUGUGCAGAUGGCUAUGAUGUCACAAACCUUGUGUCAGCCGACCCUACUCUCCGGAACCGAGGUUUCAAGCUGGAGUACUUCCUGCGUCCACCUGUACAAGUGACAUUAAAGUUUGGCUUCCAGGUGGAGCUGUGCAGGGUGGAUGUGGAGCUGUGGCCUUGGGGUAUGGAUCGAGGACAGGCCUGCAAAAGACUGGAGAUCAGCACCAGCUCUGAUCAGCUUCCCUCCCAGAAUUCUGGUGAAGGCAGCAAACAGGUUCAAGAAAAGGAACAAAUGCAGAUGCAGGUGAAGGACCAGAAUAAACAGAACAAACAACAUGAGCAAAACAGUAGACCUAAAGGCCACCCGUGGAGUCUUCAGGCCCGACAUUGGGGCGAAGAAGCUCCAGAUGAGCCUAAACGAAAGGGCCGUGUGUUCAAGUGUCCCUCAAACACUGAAUCCAGUAAUUCCGAACCCGAGUUCAAACUGGUGGGUCGGUGCGAACUUAGGGAGGAGACCCGAAUCAGUUUCACACGUUCAAAUUGUAAUCCCCGCCCUCCAUUCCUCUCGCCACCUCCUCCACAACCUGCAAACUGCCGCCAAGAGGACCUAUGGAGCCGGGGUCUGCUCUCGCUAGGUGCUGUGACGCAGCUCCGUGUGACUGUGCCACUUGGCGGUGCGGCAUCUGCUCUAGGGCUCAAGGCUUUGGUCGUGUGGGGACAACCUGCCCGCUGCUGCCCUGCAGAGGAGGUGGAGAGGAUUAAAAGGGUCCAUACUGCCAGUGAAAGACGGCUGCCACGUCCUGUGUUGUUUGCCCCUUCGGUCAGCCAGAUGAAAGCACAGGUGCCAGCAGACACUCUGACAAAUGAUCUUUCCAUCCCAGAAGAGUUCCUUGACCCGAUAACCCAGGAGAUAAUGAUGCUGCCCAUGCUGCUGCCCAGUGGCAUGUCAGUGGACAAUUCGACUCUGGAGGAGCACCAGAAGAGAGAGGCCACUUGGGGUCGACCCCCAAACGACCCAUUCACCGGUGUCCCGUUUACUUCAACCUGCCAGCCUCUUCCUAACCCCCAGCUGAAAAGCCGCAUUGACCACUUCCUCCUGCAGAAAGGGAUGGCUGGGAGGGACGGCAUGUUGGGGGGACGAGGCGAGGGAGAGAAUCUGCAGGCCUCAAGACUUAUAACCUCCAAAGAGGAUAAUGGACUAUCCCAGAACUCUCCAUGUCUCAGUAAAAGCUCAACAAACAAUACUGUUGAUCAGUAUAAUGUCCACACCCGUAAGACAGACAGUACUACAAGAACAAAAGACUCUGGAUUUGGACAUUCAUCACAUAAUAGGAAUCACAUCAAAACAUCUAAUUCCUCUAAAACAGAUAAUAAAUCAGAGUUAGAGAGAAAAAAGAUACAAGAUCUAUGUAGAGAAUCAUCAGAUGGGCUGACAGCUGAGCAGCAACUACUACCUCAAACAAAAAGACCAAGAUUUGAUGCAGUUUCAUCAACAAGCAGCAGCUCUCACGAGCAGCGUUUGUCAGCCAGCCUGGAUGAGGCCCUCUUCUCUGCCCUGCAGGGACGACCCUCCUUCACCUCAAACUUGUCUAAAAAGUGUAAUGUUACUCCUGAGUCUGAACCAAAUAACUCCUCUCAGCACUGUCAGGCUACAGGCACUCCAGUAAUGCCAACAGGUGAGAAGACGACGUGCUCUGCGUGUUCCUGUUCGGUCUCCGUUUACUCUAAAUCUGCCUCAUCCAUCUACAGUCUCACCUGCGGUCACUUGAUCUGCCGUUCCUGCCUCCGGAGAGAAUCGCACCCACUGAACUCUGUUACUGUACUGACGUCCAAUUACGUCUCGUGUCCUGACUGCCAAAGCUCUACCCCACGCAGUGACAUCGUACGUGUACAUCACUGACCAAUGUCGUACGAGGAAAACCCACAUCGUCAUAGCCUGUGAAAAGAAGAGGAUGGUUCUCAAGGUGAAGAUGGGAUUAUAAUGCGGCUUUGAUGUCCAAGUGGUGGUGGUGGUGGUUGGGGGGGAGGGGGAUCCUACAAAUUCAUGUAUGUUCUGUGAUCUAUGAAUAACUUACUUAAUGAAAUUAUUCAUCACUUCUCUUCUCUGUUUGUUAUUCUGUAACAUUUUUGUGUAAUUUCUGAUUCACAGAAGAUAAAAGUACUUCAGACUAGCGAGGAAUUCUUUUUCUUUGUCCUGGUCUGCUACAUAAUCAGGGUAUGGAAGCCUCGUGGAUAGGUUAUUACUCACAGCAAAUAACGCAACAUAAAACUUACAUAAAGAAUGUUAAAAUGUUCUCUUCCACCCCCUCUCCCCAUCGUCGCCUUUUCAUCAAGCAUUGAAGUGAAGUUGCAGCCUUGGUUCUGCAGCCUUUGUACAAACCCUGGAUGUGUAGAUGUGUUGGCGGACACGAGUGCUGAGAGCAAGACGGCAGAAGGAUAAAAGUGGAAAUGGAGUUGACCCAAGGUUGUGUGGUCAUUGUUAAACAGAACACAGGGGUACUGCUCUUCUCCACUCCAUUUACCACUUUACAUUCUACUGUAUAGGUUGUUAUGUACUUUUAAUGUGGGCCAAACACUUAUUGAUAAGGACCUUUUGUGAUUGAGUACGUGCUUUUUUUUUUUUUUUAACGUUUAUGAUGUAUUAAUUUCUACAAUUGCACGUUUACCUCGCUGCAUUUAAACUGUUUUUUUAAAGGAGCAACACGUGUCUGAAUUUCUGUUUAAAACAAGCAAAACAGUUACUGAAAUCAUGAACAGAAUUUGAAGAAAUAACUGUUUUCACAUAUGAAAUCCUCCUUCCUCUUGGCGGUCCAGUGGUGUAAACAACACCAACACUAAGUAUGCUCAAGCUCUAAGUAUGGACCGCUAGCUGAACUGAUGACAUGCUAACGGUAGCUACAGUUAGCAAGAUGCCCCUUAGUUGUUUGGACUAUGAAUUCAACAAGUGGCUGACUCUUGCAUAUUACAUCUAUUUAAAGUAACUCCACCCAAGUUUACAGGUCUAAGGUCUAAGUGCUACUGCAUAUGUAAAAAAAACAAGUAUAAAGCCUUUUUUGGCUCCAGAGGAAGCUGCAUGUGAGUAAUGUAGGUUCCAUGUUUUUAAACACGCUCUAUUACACUUGAGAUGGAGAGUUAAUAAAUAACCAAAAUCAAUACAGCAGAGAUUUUGUUUAUCCUCUGGAUAUCUGUAUAAUUUGAUUUCCUUUACUUAAGACUAUCGUCCCUUUAAGGUUCUUUUAGGAAAUAAAUAUGUGCACAAUGUUUCAGAGUUCACUUGUUCACAUUUUUGGUUAUAUAUGGCUGACGGUUAUACUUGUUAUGCCUCUCUUUGUGUGCACAAAAGGGUUAAACAGACUGAAGUCGGCAACAACAGUGUUCAAUAAUCACAAACAGUGUGAUUUAUACGUCGGUUUCCCUGACAGCAUUUAGCUUAACCAAGGUCAUGAUCCUAUAUCCGCUCAGCGAGCAAACACAGGAAUAAGUUGUUCUGAAUGUGAAAUAGAGGCAGCAGCUUCACUGUUACAGUAAGAGUGGUAGAUAAAGAACUUAAAUGAAAUCAGGCUGUGUUGGAGGGGAUUAUUUUUCAAAUGUUAGGUCUUGCUUUCAAAUGUAUAACAAGGGACAAAACACCGGCUUAAUGCAUAUAUGUACUGUUUGACACUGUUCGACAACAUUACAGGUGCAGAUCAGCUAUAAUAUUCCAAUAUGUCUUUAUUAUUGUCGCUAUUUUGUGAGACGUACUCUUGUGCUGUUUCCCUCUGUACUGCUGUGUUACCUGCAAAUUUCUCCCAAGGGGCAUCAAUAAAGGGACAUUUUAUCUUAUCAAUACAAUU